CCCAGUUGUUCCAGUUUGACCACGAAGGAGCUGCAGCAGAACUUGAGGGAAGUGAAGAAGAGAGAGCGACCCAUCAGGCUGCUGUUUGAAAUCCCAUCGACUCGUAUUAUUCAUCAUGUUCUGUCCAAAUAUGUGGUACCGUCUUGGGGCCUGUAAUCACCUCAGGCGGAAAUACACCCACAAACCCCCACACUAAGUCUCCCUCAAACUGAUCUCCAGUACAUCCUCCCAGAUCAACCUAUCAGAAGACACCCCUCUUCCACCUUCACCCCCACAUCCAUUCACCAGUCCUCAACAACUACAAUUAAACAUUUAAACGACAUAUUGUUGUGACGUGGUCCUUGCUAGUGAAUCUUCGAUACUGCAGCAUAUCAAAGUUAACUUCCUAAUAGAGAAUGUAAAGUUGACGUCACACCAUGUACAUUUUUUUGGAUGAGGGUGCCAUCUUGUGAGGCAUGCACUGUGUUAUCGCAGACUGCAAAAAUAAUGGACGUAGCUACCAUAACAUCACCCACUGGUUUGUGGACUCCCAUUUUGAAGCCUUCGGCAUUUCAGUCGUUGCCAUCUUGGUUUUCAGGAGCCAGAAAUGACCAUAUUUGGGUGAAAGGGUGGAUCAGCUAAGCUAAGGACACUAUCAUCAGACAGCCUGUCACUCAAAUCAGCCCAGUCAUUAAUUAUGCAUAACUUUAAGCCUCAAUAAAAUGUAAACAGGUGAGAUAAAAAAAUUCACCUGUGCACAGUUGUCAUGAAUGUUUUUUGUACCAGGCUGUAAACAUGUUUAUUUCUGCUGUAAAGGUGGGUAUUUGAACAUGAGGGUCUAUGGGGACUGACUCACUCUUGGAGCCAACCUCAAGUGGCCAUUAGAGGAACUGCAGUUUUUGGCACUCCAGUACUGACUUCAUUUUUCAGCCCCUGAAGCUGCUGCUUGUGUGUUACCUGUGCCUGCUACAGUGGUAAAACAAUCUUAUAUGGACAAACUAAUUACAAUUAACAACUCGGAUCCAAGCUAGGCUGAUACACUUCCUCCACUCACAUACCUGCACACUGCAAACUAUCUUGUUUUUGCACUUAGUCCAUACACUUUGGUGACUGAGAUAGCAGGGCACUGACCUAACAAGAUGGCGCGUCCAUCCCACUUGGUGUGACUUCUCUGCACUGUGAACACAACAACAGAACAUCAGUAAAAUACACAGAGGUGUGACAGACAGAUUGUGUAUCAUUUACAGGCUGUAAACUGGAGAAACAACAUGAUACCAAAUAUACAGUGCGAUUUCAACACAUGAUGGACAGCUGGAAAACAGACUACAGGUCAAUGGAAUAAUAGGUUCAUGCACUUCAUUACACACAACAGCAAGUAAACGCAUCAUCGUUUGAAUCAACUUCAGUACGUGAAAAGCAUCGCUGUUCAAAUGCAACAAAAUACAACUUUUAGAACAAAACUUAAAACUCACCUUUUCAAACAUUAACCACAUUUUAACCUCAGUUCCAGUUGAAGUGGGCUGCAGAGGCUUCGUAAAUGAGUUUUGGUGUUGCACAACCCAAAAACAGAGGUCACUGGUCCAAUAUUAUUCCCACUGUACGGGCUGCCAUUUGGUGACAUCAUUAGACAACACAGUAUCUGUUUUUCUAGUUAUGCUGAUGACACACAACUGUACAUCUCUGCUAAACCAAACGAUGCCACAGCCAUAAACUCCAUCACUACCUGCCUCUUGACAAUAAAUAAAUGGAUGAAGACAAAACUGAAAUCCUGCUUGUUGGCCCAAAAACAAAAAUAGAAAUGCUAAUUAAUCAUCUGGGUAAUUUACCUUCCUGGAUUGAAUCUGAAGUUACAAGUCUUGGCGUGAUCCUUGAUUCAGAUCUAAGCUAAGCCAGUCCCACAUUAACAAGGUGACGAAAACAUAAUUUUUCCACCUCAGAAACAUCGCUAAGAUACGACCAUUUGUAACUGAAAAAGAUCCAGAGAAACUGAUUCAUGCCUUUAUUUCAAUUUGCCUAGACUACUGUAACACACACUUUACUGGCCUCCCAAAAAACAUCACUGAGCGACUUCACCUCAUUCAAAACUCUGCAGCUCAGCUAUUAACCAGAACCAAGAGUAGAGAGCACAUCAAGCUAGCCUGAGCUGCUCUGCACUGACUUCCUGUCACUUCCUGUUGUUAGAAUUGAUUUUAAGGUCCUUCUCCUUGUAUACAAAGCCCUACAUGGGCUGGGACUGAGCUACAUUGCUAACUCCUUGUUAACUAUUUGCCUCCAACAACACUGCAGUCAUCUGCUACUAGUUUAUUGCAGGUUCCCAGAAACAGCCGGAAGAAGAUCAAGGAUGCAGACUUUGUCAGUUAAGCCCCAAAGCUAUGAAACACACCACCUAUAGAUAUCAGGGAAGCUAGGUCACCAAAUAUUUUUAAAAGAAAGCUAAAAAUGUAUCUUUUCACUUUAGUCUUCACUGUUUCUUACUUUUCUAUCUGUCCAACCCUUUGGCUCCCACUCCGACCCCCAGACAGCACCAUUACUCCCACUCAUAGUCUCAAAUAUGUGCAUCAAGGAUUGUAACAUCUAGUCCUAAACUGAACUUCACCUUAGCUCCAUUUAUUUCUUAGCCUUAACUUUUAUUAAUUUUAAUAUCUGACUUGUUUUCAAUGUUCCUGUUUCUUGCAUCAGUCUUUGUUUUGCAGCUCUGAAGUUGUAUUAUUAUUAUUACUGAAUUAAAAUACUCAAUUAAAGUACCUCAAAACUGCACUAUAGUACACUCGUGGGAUUACUGUGCUCAGUUACUGUCCACCCUGAGGAUCCCCAGCUGUAAUAAAGGUUUGAUGUGUAUGUAGAGUCAAAUAACAGAGGGUGUGAUGAGCUGCAUGGACUGUACAUGUGAUUUGUCACAUUGGGUUACACAACUACAAUUGACUUUAUGUGAAAGAUGUUCUCACUGCAGAGAAGUAAAAUCAGGAAAAAAAAAAUGCUGACAUCUACAGACAAAGACUGGUCUGUGAUCUGCACUAGUGUGUAUGAUCCAUAUCAAGGUGUUGUUCAGAGGUGGAUCUGACUGUAUCAGAUGUCCCAGUGACUCCCAACUGUGUGCGGCUGCAGAAAAGGAACAGGUUUCAGAAAAAACAGCUGUUGGCAGGAGCACAACAUACCUGUGUGUAGGUGGCACAGAGAGAGGGCAGGACUGGAGGUGUAAAGACUUUGAGACUGCUCCUCGCACCAGACACACGGGUAAAACAGCUGAGAGAGAAACACAAUCAGACAGGCGGAGGAUGGACAUCACUUCCUGUUUCUGUGCUGUAGCUGCAGCUGUGUACUUCUUCACUGUGCUGUGGAGGUUUAAAGAAGACUGUGGAGCUGGAAACCGGCCAGGUAUUGUCGGGGCCCUCCUCUGGGCCCUCGGUGCCCUUGGUGGGGCCGCUCUGUUUUUCACUGUUACUUCAGGUGUCUGUGGGUCUGUCCUCCUCGGCUGCAGCUUGAUCCUGAUCUGUGGGACUGACAGGAGAGGGGAGCUGCUGCCAGGACAUGGCAGAGCAGUGCUGAUCACAGGCUGUGAUUCAGGUUUUGGUCACGCCCUGGCCAACCGGCUCAGUGAGGGCGGAGUGAUGGUGUUUGCUGGCGUGCUGGAUGUGAACGGAGCUGGAGCUCAGCAGCUGAGAGAAUGCGGGCGUGAAAACCUGCAGGUCCUGCAGCUCGAUGUCACUGACCACUCCCAGAUAGAGACGGCACACAGGUACAUCUGUGCUCAGGUGGCUGACACAGGUCUGUGGGGUUUGGUGAAUAACGCAGGAGUCCUCUACUGUCCUGUGGACGCGGAGCUCACCCCGUUCAAAGCGUACAGACACUGUGUGGACGUGAACUUCCUGUCUGCUGUGAAGAUGUCUCAGGUGUUCCUCCCUCUGCUGAGGAGGUCCAGAGGACGCAUCGUCAACGUGUCCAGUGUGGCAGGUGAGGUGCCAAUGCCGACGUUUGCUGCUUACGGAGCCCCAAAGGCAGCACUGAGCAAUUUCUCCAAUGUGAUGAGAAUGGAGUUGUCUGAGUGGGGAGUCAAAGUGGCUUUAAUUCAACCUACAGGAUUCAGAACAAAAAUUUUUGGGAACAGUGACGACGUCUCUCGCUACACAGACGAGAUCCUCUCAUCUGUUUCUUCCGAAGUCAGAGAGGAUUAUGGGGAGGUGUACAUCUCGUCUCUCCCCAGCAGUCUGUCCAAAAUGUCCAGUCAGUGUCCAGCGGACCUGUCUCCUGUGGUGGAGGACAUGCGUCAUGCUCUGCUGUCAGUCCAUCCCAAAACCAUGUACAGGCCCGGACAGAUGGCAUGGUUUCUCCCGUUCCUCCAGCGCUGCUGCUCCACCACUGUGUCCGACCCCAUCAUCACGAAGAUCACUAAAUUCACUGACUGUAAACCGGCGGCGCUCAACAGCAGCUGAGGCUCAUGGGAAAAACAUCUGAUUAUCUGCAGCUGGUGGCUUCGGCUUCACUAGGAUGCAAAAAUCAACUUCAGAGAUGUGAAACUUUCCUUUAAGGACACAUUACAUUAUUUUUUGGGUGACAGAGGUCAGAGAGGAGACUGCCAAUAAAACUUCCCCCAAAAACAUCUUAAACAUCUAAUGCCUGGUUCACGCUACACAACAUUUUUGUUCAUUGUCACAGUCACUAUGUUAGACUAGGCGAUUGUUUCUGUGCUAAUGGCAGUACUCACCAGGUUGCUUCAGUGCCUCUGCUGUUCCAUACCAUCAUUUUUCCCUUUUUACUCUGUUGCAGUAACGUCCCUACAGGAAAUAUCUAAGAAUCGCUCUGUGUUUCUAUUGGUCAAAGUGACUGGCUGUGAUGCGAGAAGUUGUGAAUGGCAAAAAGAAAAUCAAAUAUGCUAGACUUUCUGUUAGAAUGUCUUAUGCUGUCCCAGAUGCAGCAUUGUUUGCCGUCUACUAUGACACACUACACGAGAUGAAACGAUGGAUUAUCACGUACCACACUCGUCGUUCAUGAUCCAAGCCGACACCAUACGACAGUGUCACGAUAUAAUCGGGCUGAUAUCGUGUAGUGUGAACCAGGCAUAACUCUCAGCCAGAGAUAGAAGUAGUGUCUUUCCCAAAACGCUGAACUCCUCCUUUAAGGGCCAUUUAAAGAAACCACAGAUAUAUACAUGACACAUGAUGCACGAACACACUGAGUGAUGCAUUUAAUGCAGGUCUCAUCACGUAGCACAGACUGUAAAAACACUGUGUUCACAUCUCUGACAGCCUCUCAAAGACACAUCUUUUCUUUAAAAAACAGGAUGUAUAACAUCCAAUCAGCCUUAAAACACUGAACAUUCUGCUCAUGGAUGUUCUCUGUGUCAUUUCUGAUGUAAUAAUAAAAAAAAAAGUUCUGUUUUGA